AUGGCCUAUCCGUUCGGAUUGUUCGCCUCCAGUCUUCUACCGUAUCUUCCGUUAUAUCCGUACUGUUCUGUUUCACCAAAGAAGUCGUCCUACUUCAUCAAAGAUAUACUUGGUUACAGUGAUGACGUCCCACAACUGGAUGAUUUCAGUCGAAGCGCUGAAAACUCGAUCACCAUCGAAAGUGCAAAUCGACAAAUUAAGAAGAAAAAAGCGAGAACAACGUUCAGUGGACGUCAGAUAUUCGAACUAGAGAAGCAGUUCGAUGCAAAGAAAUACCUGUCAAGUACGGAACGGACCGAACUCGCCAAGAAACUUCAUGUGACAGAAACGCAGGUGCGUCAUCCAAGUCCUUUCGAAGAAAAAAAAAGCACACGACAAUAA